AUGAUUCCACAAAUUCUUGCCCUGCUUCUCGUAGCCACCGCAAUUAGUGCUAAACCUAUGCCAGAAGACAAACCGGACGGAACCCCAAUGCCUCCUCUUGGUGGCCCAAAACCACUCGGUGGACCAAUGAACAGCUCCCCCGGAGGACCUCCACCUAUUGGUUCUAAUCCUGGACUCCCGCCAAUUGGACAGUCCCCGCCACCCGGUGCACCAGGAGCACCCGGAAUGCCCGGAGCUCCCGGAGCUCCACCAACUCCACCAUCACCUCUAGGAGCACAACCCGGACUGCCUGGAGCUCCACCUCCACCAGGACUGCCUGGAGCAAACACUCCACCAACUGGACUUCCCGGAGUUCCCGGACUUCCUGGAGCGCCCGUAGUUACUAAUGGUUAA